AUUCCAGCAGGGACUCUAUCAGAGGGGCAGCUGUGGCGAUGGCGACAGCUUCCUCAUCCUGGCUUCUUGCUCUCUACAUCACAGCUGCGGUGGUGGGUUCUUGAUCUCAGGCUGUCCAGUGGUGAUUCCUGAUUCCCACCUUUCUGAUCAUAUAAGAUACUCUUCUGACUCUCUUCCCAGCUGCACUGCUGAGGUGCAAGUUAAAUCACAUCAGGAAACCUGAUGAAGAAGGAGGCUCUUCACCAACUGGGCAUCACCACACCACUGCUGAUGUCAUAGGAUGCAGCUGACACUAUGGGCAGUCCCAAGGAUUGCUUUGAAGAUACUGGGGAAUUCUCUGGAUAAAGAUCUAUGCUGCGUCUGUCAGGAACAGGUGGCUAACGAGAUGGUUGAUUCUAAGCAGACGAGACUACACAGCAAUCUGGAAGACCCAGGGGAAGGCCAAGGCUCAGGUGCCCACAUGAUCAGCACCGCCAGGGUACCUGCCGAUCAGCCAGUGCGCAUCGCCUUCAGCCUCGAUCAUGCAUCAGAUGAUACACCUCCUGAAGACGACACUCCUUUGGUCUUUCCAGAGUUAGACCAGCAGCUCCAGCCUCUGCCACCUUGUCAUGACUCCAUGGAAUCCAUGCAGGUGUUCAAACAGCACUGCCAAAUAGCAGAAGAAUACCGGGAGGUUAAAAAGGAAAUCGCCCUGCUUGAGGAAAGAAAAAAGGAGCUCAUUGCCAAGCUGGAUCAGGCGGAAAAGGAGAAGCUGGAUGCCGCUCAGCUGGCGCGGGAAUUCGAGGCUCUGACGGAGGAGAAUCGGACGUUGAAGCUGGCCCAGUCCCAAUGCGUAGAACAACUGGAGAAGCUUAGAAUACAGUAUCAGAAGAGACAGGGCUCGUCCUAACUUGAAGUUAUUCAAUGUGAGCCUAAGAGUUUGGCGACUGCUGUGCGCUGGCCGAAAGAUUUUUAUUUUAAAGGGGUAGUGAGUAAAAUCUAUUGCUUCCCCUUAUUAUCCACACGGCAAACGUCUAUACUAAUGAGUUUAAUGCUUGCCAGAUCUAGUUUGAGAGAAGGGAUCUUGUAUUUUAAAUCAGAUAGUUGAAGGGAACCUAUUAUCAGUACAAAUUUUCAGAGAUCUUAAUUUGUUUCUGAAGAUAUUUUUUUUCUUAUUUAGCAAGAUACGAUCAUGCUGUACAUCAGGGUAGAAAAUGAUAGAAAUAGAGUAUUGACUUAUUCACGAACUAAGAGUCAUGGACAGAAUUAAGCCAUGAAACACACUAGUAAGAUGCUCACUGUUGUCUCACAUAUGCGUGUUUUUAAAUUUCACGCUGUUCACAUUUCAACGGUGCUCCAAUCUGAACCGUCAGAAAUUUCUCUGCAUAUAUUUAUGUUCAGUAGAGUUAGGUUUCAUCCCUCAGUGAUUGGUUGUACUAAGAAUAAAUGGUUGCAUAUCAUAAAAGCUUUCUCAGGAAAAUAUUAGCAGAAAGCAUGUUUGUGCUAAAAGCACUUUUGCCAGUGCUAACUUGCUGUUGUAAUGAAAAGUUGAUAAGGUUGCAUUUUCUUCACGCCACGUUACCUCCUGGUAAACAUCUCCGCCUUUGCUUGUGUGUGUUCUGGGGGAAAUAAAACAGUAUUGUUUGGACAUUACUUUGGUGAGUUCCCAUGAAAACAUCGGUAAAAUUCUAACUAUCACUCUGUUUUGAAUUUAAGAAGAUGUUUUGGCUCAUUGAUAACUAAUAAGAACAUAUAAGUAAAUUCAGGAUCAAAGUUAUUUUUUCCUUGUUCUAUCUAUCACUAUAUUGUCUCAAAUUGAUCUCUUUGUUUUAUGUCCAUUUCUAUUCCUGUAAUUUCUUUUUCAUUAAACACGGAUCAAA